AGAGCGCGGCGCGGAACGGCGCGGCGCGGCGCGGCGCGGCGCAGCACCUGGAAACUAUAUACGCUCCGCUUGACGCACCAAACCCACAAGAAGAUAGGGUCUCCGCUUUUUUUGUUGUUGUUUUUUUUUUGGUUUGGUUUUUUCUUUUCUUUUUUUUCCUAGUCUUCCUACAACACGUUGUUCACCUUUCCUUUGUUUAAUCUUUCCUUUUUUUUUUUUCUUUUUUUUUUUUUUUUUUCUUGCAAAUGGAGUUUUUUUCUCCCCCAGGCUGGUGCGGACUUUACGGCUUGGACAGAAACUGAUCAUGUGAUGACAGAGCGCGCUUUUGGCACAUCUACAGAGUCCAUUACAGGAGCUGAGUGAUGGCCGAGGAUGGGGGAAGUGUCUCCGCGCUCCCCGACGCCAGGGGCUCAGAGGGUCGCUCCUCUCUGCCAAGGACUUUCAUCCGGCUGAACGACCUGUCCGGGCUGGGAACGGGAGCCAUGGAGUGUGUCGGUGGUGGCGGCGAGCUGGUGAUGGAGCCGGCGUCUCCGGCGCCCGACGGGAUCUCUGUGACCGGGGACGAGGGUUCCACGCACGGCGGCGGGGAGAGCCUGCCCUACCCCACGCUGGCCCCCGUGGUCUUCUUCUACCUGAAACAAACCACGCGCCCCCGGAGCUGGUGUCUCAAAAUGGUCUGCAACCCAUGGUUCGAGCGAGCGUCCAUGUUGGUGAUCCUGCUGAACUGCGUGACACUGGGCAUGUUUCAUCCCUGCGAAGACAUCAACUGUGACUCUGAGCGCUGCAAAAUUCUACAGGACUUCGAUGACUUCAUCUUCGCCUUCUUUGCCAUCGAGAUGGUGAUCAAGAUGGUAGCCCUGGGGAUUUUUGGCAAGAAGUGUUACCUCGGAGACACGUGGAACCGCCUAGACUUCUUCAUCGUUCUGGCUGGGAUGUUGGAGUACUCACUCAACCUGCAAAAUGUUAGCUUUUCAGCUGUGAGGACGGUGCGUGUGCUGAGACCCCUGAGAGCCAUCAACCGGGUGCCAAGUAUGCGCAUCCUGGUGACCCUGCUGCUGGACACGCUGCCCAUGCUGGGUAAUGUGCUGCUGCUCUGCUUCUUUGUCUUCUUCAUCUUCGGGAUCGUUGGCGUCCAGCUGUGGGCCGGCCUGCUCAGAAACCGCUGCUUCGUCAAAGACAACUUCUCCUUCCCUCUGUCCGUGGAGCUCGGCAAGUACUACCACACGGAGAACGACGACGAGAACCCCUUCAUCUGCUCCAUGCCCCGAGACAACGGCAUGAGGGACUGCGGCUCCAUCCCCAAGCUGUACGACGAGGCGGGCCAGCAGUGCAGUCUGGACAUCGACUCCUACAACAGCACAGACAACACCACCUGCGUCAACUGGAACCAGUACUACACCAACUGCUCCGCCGGCCUCAUCAACCCCUUCAAGGGGGCCAUCAACUUCGACAACAUCUGUUAUGCRUGGAUAGCCAUCUUUCAGGUGAUCACUCUGGAGGGCUGGGUGGACAUCAUGUACUUUGUGAUGGAUGCACACUCCUUCUACAACUUCAUCUACUUCAUCCUGCUUAUCAUUAUCGGCUCAUUCUUCAUGAUUAACCUGUGCCUGGUGGUCAUCGCAACUCAGUUCUCUGAGACCAAGCAGCGGGAGAGCCAGCUGAUGAAGGAGCAACGGGUGCGCUUCAUGUCCAACGCCAGCACUCUGGCCUCCCUGUCCGAGCCGGGAUCCUGCUACGAUGAGCUGCUGAAGUACCUGGUACACAUCAUCCGGAAGGGGGCCAAGCAAGUGGCUCACGUCUGCAGGUUUUUGGCCCGCCGCGCAGGRCUCAACAUCGCCUCCUCGCCGCCAGCUACAGAGCCCACCCAUAGCCAGAGGCAGAAGAGAAGAAGAAAAUCCUCCAGGCAGGGGUCUAUGUCGGUUCAUCACAUGGUGCACCAUCAUCAUUACCUCCACCAUCACUACCAUCUUGGCAACGGCAGCAUCCGGGAGGGAGGGAGCACGAGGUGCCUGGAGGGGAGAGACGUGGAGGCCGGGCCUCCCAAAGCAAGCACAAGCGUUGUGCCACUGGGCUUGGCACCGCCAUCCUCUCUGAUAGCCGCAACCUCCGACUCAAACCUCGCCGUGUUGGGAAACCUGACCUCUGGAGCGGGCGACUCGUCCUCGGGUUGCGGCGUGCUCAGAGGAGAACCGUCUCACUGCACUUUGUUUCCCGCCAACCGGGGAAUGAAUCCAGUGGCCUUCCUGGCUCCGACUCCCACGUCCAGAGCCAUGAAGAGGAACUCUGUACCGUUUGCUGCUCCRGGGCCGAAGAACUACCCCACCCUCCAGGCCCGAGCCCUGGCAGAGUCCAGGAGAGGGAGCAUCACCGCCAGCACGCUAACAAAUCUGAGUUAUAAUCUCAAUAUCCCACCCAUGCAUCUGGACAGACGGCCAUCCAGCCUGGUGGACACACGCACUCCAACAGCUCAGCUCUCCUGCCAGUUGUCGGCUCGUGAGCUCAUCACCAUGGAUGCAGCUGGUCUGACUAUGGACCCUGAGACCUGCCCUGAUUGCGCAAAGGCACUGGCCCAUGAGUUGGAGGGUUUCACCGAGGGCAACGAGACUCCAGGUGACUCGGAUAGCGACGGCGUGUACGAGCUAUCACAAGACCACCACCACAGGGACAGGAGAGACAGCCGGCAGCCCAGGAAGAAGAGUCGGAGGUUGGGCAAGACGGCUGCCAACGUCGUCCACUUUUGGAGGCUGGUGUGUGACACCUUCAGGAAGAUUGUGGAUAGCAAGUACUUUGGUCGGGGGAUUAUGAUCGCCAUUCUGAUUAACACUUUGAGCAUGGGGAUCGAGUACCAUGAGCAGCCUGAAGAGUUGACCAACGCCCUGGAGAUCAGCAACAUCGUCUUCACCAGCCUCUUCUCCCUGGAGAUGCUGCUGAAGGUCUUGGUGUACGGGCCGUUCGGCUACAUCAAGAACCCCUACAACAUCUUUGACGGCAUCAUAGUGGUGAUCAGCGUUUGGGAGAUCGUCGGCCAGCAGGGCGGCGGCCUGUCCGUGCUGAGAACCUUCCGGUUGAUGCGCGUCCUGAAGCUGGUGCGCUUCAUGCCGGCCCUGCAGAGGCAGCUGGUGGUGCUGAUGAAGACCAUGGACAACGUGGCCACCUUCUGCAUGCUGCUCAUGCUCUUCAUCUUCAUCUUCAGCAUCCUGGGGAUGCAUCUGUUCGGCUGCAAGUUUGGCUCUGAGAGGGAYGGAGACACGCUGCCGGACAGAAAAAACUUYGACUCCCUCCUUUGGGCCAUAGUGACCGUGUUUCAGAUCCUGACCCAGGAGGACUGGAACAAGGUGCUGUACAACGGCAUGGCCUCCACGUCUCCGGUAGCGGCGCUUUACUUCAUCGCCCUCAUGACCUUUGGGAACUACGUCCUCUUCAACUUGCUGGUGGCCAUCCUAGUCGAAGGCUUCCAGACCGAGGGGGACGCUUCUAAAACCGGGUCAGAGAUUGAUUCUGUUGCACGAAGCAUGGAAGACGUCAAUGGCAGCAAAAAGGACUUGUCGCCUUCAACAGUAGUGCCGGUGAAUGGUCAUGUGGAAAUGAAGACCAGUCUGACUCCACCGCUCAUCACCCACACCGCUGCCACGCCCAUGCCCGUCCCCAAGUUGCCCGUGGCUGGUGACCCCAUCCUGGGCUACGAAUCUCGUCAAGGCAGCAAUAUCUCCAUGGACCCAGCCUGCUUUGACAAAUCUCCUACCAGCGCCCGCUCCUCUCCGCACGGCCAGUGGACGACCGGCAGCGGCUGGGGCAGCCGCCGGUCCAGCUGGAACAGCCUGAGCCGCGCGCCAUCGUACAAGCGGCAGAAGCGACAGUCUGGUGAGCGGCGGUCUCUCUUGUCCGGUGAGGGCAACUCAAGCUCUGACGAAGGAGACGGUGGAGGAGAAGGCGGAGGCGGGUUGGUGGACGAAGACGACACGUCCCUUCCUAGGACGGACUCGAUGUCGCAGCCUCACGGAGGACCGCGGCACAGGAGGAUGGAGUCUGUGGAAACUCGCAGCUCCAUGGAUUUGCCUCCUGAGGCCUUACUGCAGGUGCCCUACCUGCACCGCUCAGCCAGCAUGCACAGCUCCAGGCCGCCCUCCCUGGCCCACCUACGGCCUCCAGAACACAGCGACUGCAACGGGAAGGGAACUCCGUCGGCCCUGGGCCCGACCAACGUCUCCCUGGAGGAGAACACAGAAGACGAGAAUGCGGAGGAGGAGGUCAACCAGAGUCGUUUUGCCAGGAUUCUCCGAUGGAUGGAGAAGAAGCAGCCAGCAUGGUGUCGGCAGAGAGACACAUGGUCCCUCUACCUGUUCCCCCCAGAGUCCAGGUUCCGAAUCCUGUGCAACAAGAUCAUCACCCACAAGAUGUUUGACCAUGUCGUUUUGGUCAUCAUCUUCCUCAACUGCAUCACCAUCGCCAUGGAGAGGCCUCGCAUCCAUCCCACCAGUGCCGAGCGGAUCUUCCUGACGUUUUCCAACUACAUCUUCACUGCGAUCUUCGUGGCAGAGAUGACCGUAAAGAUUGCGGCCAUGGGCUUUUUCUUUGGGGACAAAGCCUACCUGAGGAGCAGCUGGAACAUCCUGGAUGGGAUGUUGGUGAUGAUUUCUGUCAUCGACAUCCUGGUGUCUCUCAUCUCCAACACGGGAACCAAAAUCUUGGGCAUGCUCCGAGUGCUGCGGCUGCUGAGGACGCUCAGGCCCCUCCGCGUGAUCAGCAGAGCCCCAGGGCUGAAGCUGGUGGUGGAGACACUGAUGUCGUCACUCAAGCCGAUCGGGAACAUCGUUGUCAUCUGCUGUGCCUUCUUCAUUAUCUUUGGCAUCCUUGGAGUCCAGCUUUUCAAGGGGAAGUUCUAUGUGUGUCAGGGGGAGGAUGUGAGGAACAUAACCAACAGGACAGACUGCGAGGGGGCCCACUACAAAUGGGUCCGGCACAAGUACAACUUUGACAACCUGGGGCAGGCAUUGAUGUCUCUUUUUGUACUGGCCUCAAAAGACGGAUGGGUGGAUAUCAUGUAUGACGGCCUUGAUGCUGUAGGAGUUGAUCAACAGCCAAUAAUGAACUACAACCCGUGGAUGCUGCUCUACUUCAUCUCCUUCCUCCUGAUCGUGGCCUUUUUUGUGCUCAACAUGUUCGUGGGCGUGGUGGUGGAGAACUUCCACAAGUGUCGGCGCCACCAGGAGGCCGAGGAGGCCAAACGCAGGGAGGAGAAGAGACUGAAACGAAUGGAGAAAAAGAGACGGAAUUUAUUGGUUCCGGGGGUGAGUUGGGCCCUCUCUGACGGCACACUGAAAGAAGCUCAGAGUAAGCCCUACUACUCUGAUUACUCCCCCACUCGGCUGCUCAUCCACAAGAUGUGCACCAGCCACUACCUGGACCUCUUCAUCACCAUCGUCAUAGGGCUCAACGUCAUCACCAUGUCCAUGGAGCACUACGAGCAGCCACAGGAGCUUGACAAUGCGUUGAAGAUCUGCAACUACAUCUUCACCCUCAUCUUUGUUUUGGAAUCUGUCUUCAAGCUGGUGGCCUUUGGAUUUCGGCGCUUCUUCAAGGACAAGUGGAACCAGCUGGAUCUCGCCAUUGUUCUGCUGUCUAUCAUGGGCAUCACUCUGGAGGAGAUUGAGGUCAACGCUUCGCUGCCCAUCAACCCAACCAUUAUCCGCAUCAUGAGAGUGCUGAGGAUAGCAAGAGUGCUGAAGCUCCUGAAGAUGGCGGUCGGAAUGAGAGCUUUGCUGGACACCGUUAUGCAAGCUCUGCCUCAGGUGGGGAAUCUGGGCCUGCUCUUCAUGCUCCUCUUCUUCAUCUUUGCCGCGUUGGGAGUCGAGCUGUUUGGCGACUUGAUCUGUGAUGAGCUCCAUCCAUGCGAGGGUCUGGGCCGCUACGCCACUUUCAGGAACUUUGGGAUGGCGUUCCUGCUGCUCUUCAGAGUUUCCACUGGCGACAACUGGAAUGGCAUCAUGAAGGACACUCUGAGGGACUGCGCCCACGAAACGGGGACGUGCUACAACACCGUGGUCUCUCCCAUCUACUUCGUCUCCUUCGUCCUGACCGCCCAGUUUGUCCUGGUCAACGUGGUCAUAGCCGUCCUGAUGAAGCACUUGGAGGAGAGCAACAAGGAAGCCAAAGAGGAGGCGGAGCUGGAGGCCGAGUUAAAACUGGAGCUGCAAAUGGAAGGAGCAGACAUGGCGCCGAGGUCGCCCCAGCUCAACCCCCUGGCCCUGGGCAUGGAUCGGUCGAGCUCGGGGGGUUCCCCCUGGAGGUCCGCCGGAGGGGGGGACAUGGAGCAGGAGCGGGAAGGUCCUAUGGACUCUCCGACCGCUGAUAUAACCAGAGACUCUGUAGACAUCAGAGCAGAACCCCCCGCCUACCCAGAGCCCCAGCUGGAGUUUGUGCAGCGGAGACCUCUGUUUGACUCCAUCUCCCUGGUCAUCCAGGGCUCAAUGGAGGGAGAGUUGAGUUUGAUGGACAACCUGUCCGGCUCCAUCUGCCACUACUACGCGCUGCCCCCCAGGCCCAACAAGCACAGCACCGACAAGAAGAUCCCUCUAGCGGAGAUGGAAGCUCUGUCUCUGGCCUCAGAGAAAUCCUGGUCCCUAGCUCUGCCUGACGACUCGGCCCCUGGCGAUUUUAGCCCCCUCUUUCUAAGCGCUGUGGAAUGCAAUCUGGAGGCACCGAAGGCCAACCUGCUGAGUGUCAGAAAGCCUGCGGUGGGACGCACUCACUCCCUGCCCAACGACAGCUACAUGUUCUUCCCCCUUCACCCCUUUGGUUCCUCGUCUCCAUCCCCAGCGCAGCUUGUAGCACAGUCACAGGGGCCCCAGCACCUAGUGGGCACUCACAGGGCCCAAUCAGGCUCCAGAGGCUCGGUGCGCUCUCAGCCAGAGGAGUGCUCCCAGCAGCUGACGGUCCCCACUGACAUCUUCAGACCCAUCAGCCCCCACAGCCACUCAGACUCCGAGAGUAUUCCUCGACAACCCCCGUCAAGACGCACACAUGCACUUAGCCGCACGCUCCGCCGACAGGUCGCAGUGUCCACUGAUUCUCAGGAGGCCCUCUGUUCAGAUGAACGGGAGAGCAGAGAAGGACUUCUGAACGUGGCAGCUUUGGGUCUACCUCCAUCCACCUCUCCCUCCCAUCAGCAUCAUCAUCCCCAUCUACACCCAGCUCUCUGCCUGGUGCCUGCCACACCAGGUGCCUUCCCUAAACCCAGCAGCGUGCACACCCAGCAACAUGACCAGCACUGCCUCGCCUCCUACUCUUCAUCUGCGUUACCGUCCACGUCCUCCCACCCGCUCCCUCCUCCCUUACCUGCCAGGCCCCAACAGCAGCAACAAGAGGAGGUGGAGGCGGUGUCGGAAGAUCGUGAAGUUUCUCUAAUCAUCUGUGGAGGACUGGUGGGAAGCGACAGCGUCACUGUGGAGGACACGGUGUGCCAGGAUAGUCGGAGUCCCUGCACGAGGCAGCUCAAGAGGUUCCACAGCGUCGACACACAGGGGCGUAGCACCCUACUGCCCCGCCCGCGCCCUUACUCCUGGCUGGACGACCCGCGGCGCCAUUCCGUAGAAGUGUACCCGGCGGAGGACCCUUGCCCACAGCGCAGCGCCGCCUCCACGUCUUCGGGGUUUGUGUCACGGUCCGACAGCCUGCAGAUUCCCACCCAGGCCCCACUGCCGUCCCCCCGGCGCAAGAAGAAGAUGAGCCCACCCUGUAUAUCCGUCGACCCGCCCGAUGAACUCGAACCCCAGUCUGGCCUCUACCCCAGCCUCAGUGGCAUGGGGUUGGCAGGAUUAGGAGUGCCCCCUCCUCUGCCCAGCAGGGACACAUGUCUGAGGAGGAGAGCCCCCUCUAGCGACUCCAAGGACUCGUUCGACCUGGGAGUCGGAGAGGGCUCAGGGCAAGACGGAGGCUCGCCGAAUCCCAAUCCCAGCUCCAAGCUAUUGACUCUUCCCAGCUUCUCCUUCGAGAAGACAAGCUCCGAGCACUGAACAUCAACUCUCCCAUCACACACAAGAGCAUAUAAACGCACAUACACACACACACGGAUGAACCCUCUGCAUACACACACACACACAAACACAUGAUGCACUCUGUGUAUCUGUGAUGGUGAUAGCUCUAGUAAUAAUGCUGUAGAAAGUAAUAAUGGUAAAACUACAACAAACAGUGAAACCAUCCUUCAUGAGGAGUGCGGUACUGUGGUAGUGUGACCAUUCCUCGUCUUUGUAUUGUUACUGCCAAAACAGCCAGAGAACGAGUGACCACCUGAGACGACAAAACAAGACUGUUUCUCUUCUGCGACACCUUGCAGCUUGACCCCUGAACCUCUGGAGCAACAUCAGCAUCUGGGAUUUGGCACCCCCCUGUGGCCGCUGUCAGAACGGCCUGGUGUUGCACAGGGUGGAUCUGGUCGGUGGAGAUACAAAGCAAUAUGAACGUUUUAGAGACACUAUUUUCUUAAAUUAUUGGGCCAUCGUGUUUGUACAGGAUGUUGUUUUGUUGUUGUUUUUUUUAUGUUUUCACAUCUUAUUUGUCUUUUUUUUUGUCAAUUAUGUUUUGUCUUUCUUUUUCACUGUAGGAUAUUUCUAGCGUCCUUGGCUUACCGAGGAAAGUGAGCGUUUUUCAAAGUGCUGAAAACCAUGUAUUUGUAGGAAUAAUAUAUAAAUAUAUAUAUAUAAAAAGAAAUCAUUAAACUGAGCUUGGAUUUUUAAGCACACACAUCA